AUGAUUCAACGGGAGUAUCAAAUGAACAACGGGUUUAGUACAGGAGAAGAAGAUUCCAGAGGUAAUUCUGACCAAAUAUGUUGCCUUAUGGAUGACGGCGAGAGCUGCAGGCGACCAGCAGGCAACGCCUCGUACAGCAAACGCAUACAAAAGACUGUCGCCCAAAGAAGGCUGAAGCUUAACAUUGACCCUCAAGCCAGGCACACUUACAUUUGUGAUUACCAUAAAACAAUGAUACAGUGUGCAAGGACAAAACAAAGGAGGCCCAAGGACUCUGAGGAUGAUAGCAAUGAAGCAGAGAUGGAUUCACCUGAAGUAGACUGGUUCCAAUUACAAGUCAACACACUGAGGAGGUAUAAAAGACAUUACAAAGUGCCAACAAGGCCAGGAUUUAACAAAGCUCAACUAGCUGAUGCUAUCCAGAAACAUUUUAAGUCAUUACCUGUGAAUGAAAAGGAAAUUAUGACUUAUUUUAUUUAUAUGGUGAAGACAAAUGGUAAUAAAUUAGACCAGAAAAAUGGGAUGAACUCUGACUCAGUGUAG